AUGUUUUUUUCCUUAAUUUACAUUCUUGGGUCAUGCAUUGAUUCGUCGUCUCUAGUGGUUGAAUUUCCUCCAGAAAUCCAAGAAAUCUCUGUUUGCUUGUUCUUCAAUGUCUUUCUGAGAUCAUGUUGGAUGGAAGAGUUAAUUUUACCUCCAUGUCAGAAGCAGAACAUUCACACUCCUAGAAGAUGUGUACCAAGUGGUAAAGAUCUAUGGGUCGCUGUGCGAGAGGGGUCUGUGUCUGAUGUAGACUCAACAUUGGCAUUGCUGAAGAAAAAUGGGGGAAACGUCAAUGCAAGGGAUUCAUUUGGUCUCACACUUCUUCAUAUUGCAACCUGGAGAAAUCACGUGCCUAUUGUUAAAAGGCUGCUUGAGGCUGGUGCAGACCCGAAUGCGAGGGAUGGUGAAUCAGGAUGGAGCAGCCUUCACAGAGCUCUUCAUUUUGGUCAUCUUGCAGUUGCUUGCGUCCUUCUUCAGUCUGGUGCUUCUAUCACACUGGAAGACUUGAAAUCCAGAACACCGAUUGAUCUCCUCUCUGGGCCCGUGAUGCAGGCUGUUGGGAAGGCUAACAGUUCAGUCGCCACCGAGGUUUUCAGCUGGGGGAGUGGUGUCAAUUAUCAACUUGGAACUGGAAAUGCUCACAUUCAGAAAUUACCAUGCAAAGUUGAUUCACUUCAUGGAUCAUUCAUUAAAUUAGUUUCUGCUUCAAAGUUCCACAGUGUGUCUGUUAGUGCACGUGGAGAAGUCUACACCUGGGGAUUUGGAAGGGGUGGCCGUCUUGGGCAUCCCGACUUUGAUAUACACAGUGGUCAAGCUGCAGUCAUAACUCCACGUCAAGUGACUUCAGGUUUAGGUGCACGCCGGGUAAAGGCAGUUGCUGCUGCUAAACAUCACACUGUUGUUGCAACAGAGGGUGGGGAGGUUUUUACAUGGGGUUCUAAUAGAGAGGGCCAACUUGGCUAUACUUCUGUUGACACCCAGCCCACACCACGGAGAGUGAGUUCCUUGAAGUCAAGAAUAGUUUCUGUUGCUGCAGCAAACAAACACACUGCUGUAGUUUCAGAGGCAGGUGAGGUUUAUACAUGGGGUUGCAAUAAAGAGGGCCAGCUUGGUUAUGGCACCUCUAAUUCAGCGUCAAACUACAUCCCUAGAGUGGUUGAAUAUCUGAAGGGCAAAGUUCUAACUGGAGUUGCUGCAGCUAAGUAUCACACUAUUGUUCUAGGAUCUGAUGGAGAGGUGUUCACUUGGGGCCACCGGCUUGUUACUCCGAGACGCGUAGUCAUUGCGAGAAAUAUUAAAAAAUUUGGAAAUACUACAUUGAAGUUCCAUCGUAAGGAACGCCUUAAUGUUGUUGCUGUAGCUGCUGGGAUGACACACAGCAUGGCUCUUACAGAUGAUGGUGCAUUGUUCUUCUGGGUGUCCUCCGAUCCUGAUCUUCGAUGUCGGCAGUUAUAUUCACCGUGUGGGGGGAACAUUGUCAGUAUAUCUGCUGGGAAGUACUGGUCUGGUUCUGUUACUGUUACUGGUGAUGUUUACAUGUGGGAUGGAAAGAAAGGAAAAGAUGCACCACCUGCUCUGACUAGGUUGCACGGAGUGAAGAAAGCAACUUCGGUUUCAGUUGGAGAGACACAUCUAUUGAUAGUUACUUCUCUCUAUCAUCCUGGCUUUCUUCCUAGUGUAGUUAGCAGUGCUCAGAAGCUAAAAGUUCAGGAUGAAUUAGAUGAACUGCAUGAAGGUUUUGCAUUCAGUGAUUUGGAAUCCGAGGAAGUCUCCUCUACCGUAGAAAAUGUUGAAAUUACGAAUUGUGCAGUGCCAAGUUCAAGAAACUUUUCUGUGAACAGGACAGCUCCAAGUUUGAAAAGCUUCUGUGAGAAAAUGGCAGCAGAGCAUUUGGUAGAGCCACGGAAUUCUAUACAACUGCUAGAAAUUGCAGAUUCACUUGGAGCAGAUGAUCUUAGAAAACAUUGUGAGGAUAUUGCCAUCCGGAACCUUGAUUAUAUUCUUAUGGUCUCGGCACAAGCUUUUGCCAGCACUUCAUUGGAUAUUUUGGUGUGUCUUGAGAAACUGUUAGAUAUGAAGUCAUCAGAACCAUGGAGUUACCGUCGGCUUCCAACCCCCACUGCUACUUUUCCUGUCAUUAUCAAUAGUGAAGAUGAGGAUAGUGAGAAUGAUUUACUUAGGACACGUGACCACAGUACAAAUAAGCCAACCUUAAAAAUUGAGGGAGUUCAGAAAUCAGAGAGCUUUCUACAACCGUAUGAUGUUGCAAAGGAGGGCAUUUCCAAACAAGUGCGAGCUUUGAGGAAAAAGUUGCAACAGAUUGAGUUGCUUGAAGAGAAGUUGUCCAGAGGACACUUCCUCGAUGACCAGCAGAUCGUGAAACUUCAGAUGAGGCCAGCAUUGCAGAGCUCACUUUUUGAGCUUGGCGUGCCUACUGAAACAGUACAGACAAAGGCAUCUUUGUCCGUGGAUGAAAAAGAUAGUAAAAAGGGGAUUUCUAGAAAGCAAAGGAGAAAGAGCAAACAGAAGGCAGCACAAACUGAUGAGGUGUCUAGCAGUUAUGAUGUAAAUGCUGAAUCGGACCCCAUGAAGGCUUUCCUCGAUAUUGAAAGUUCACAAGUCACAAACAAGGAGAAAGAUGCUCAUAUGGAGAGUGCUGAGGCCAGCAAAGAAGCCAAAGUUUCUCAAAUUUGCAAUAAGAAUGCAAUUGCAGACAUUUCGAAAAGUAAGACCGUCUCUCCUUCUGCUUCCAAGAAAAAGAAUAAAAAAGGUGGGCUCUCAAUGUUCUUGAGUGGUGCCCUCGAUGAUGUGCCAAAAAGUGUUGCACCUCCUCCAGUGAUACCCAAAAUUGAGGGUCCUGCUUGGGGUGGUGCUAAAAUUUCAAAAGGAUCUACUUCACUUCGUGAUAUACAGGAUGAGCAGAGUAAAACCAAGGCAAUUAAUCCUACACCAAUUAAAUAUCAAGUCGAGGAGCUUGCUGAUGGCUGUAAUGUUGGAAAGCUCCAACUAAGUUCAUUUUUGUCUUCCACCCCGAUUCCCAUGGUCCCAGGAAGGACGACUCCAGCAUCUGAGGGAGAAAGAAAUACUCCUCCUUGGGCUGCAUCAGGAACUCCACCUUCUCUUUCCCGUCCCUCUCUCAGGGACAUCCAGUUGCAACAGGGAAAACAGCAGCAGGGUAUGUCUCAUAGCCCAAAGACAAGAACCACUGGAUUCUCUGUGAUGAGUGGUCAAGGUUCACCAUCAGAAUCCGGGGGUGUGAACCGCUGGUUCAAACCAGAGAUUGAUGCACCAUCAUCAAUACGCUCAAUUCAGAUUGAGGAGAAAGCCAUGAAGGACCUUAAACGCUUUUACAGCAGUGUUAGGAUUGUAAAUAAUCAGUCAUAG